ACUGCUCCGGUGACGAACGAGAAGCUUUGUUCCGGUGACGAUCAUAUUUGAUAUUUGUGGAUGAGCGUAACAACAAGUUUUGGAAUUUGGCUGAAUCACAUAAACCUUGAUAAUCAAGCAAGUUUCUUGUAUAACAACCCCCAUUUUUGUAAUCGUCGUUUCAAUCGUAUCUCAAUGUUGAGGACAGUGUCUCUUGCUCGGAACCGUCUUAGGUCGGAAACGCCAUCAUCUUUUCUUGCUCGAGACCGUCUUAGGUCAAAAACGCCAUCAUCGUCUCCAUUUUCUUCGAAGCGGCAUACGCCUAAGACAAGCGAAAUAGAAGAAGAGUCGACUCCAAAAGAUUCAGUUUUGUUAAACCCUAAAGAUCCUUCAAGCGCACCUAAGCUCUUCCUUGUACAGCCUCGUUUAGCACCGCCAAAGUAUCUACAAGCGAAGCUGAACGAAGCGCUUUGUCUCGCGAAUUCGCUUGAAGAGCAACGAUAUGGGUACUUUGAAUCUGAUUUCUUUGACAAGGAAUUGCCUUCUCAUGUUGUUGUUCAAAACCCUGUCCGUAGAUCGUCUAAACCUCGCGUAGAUACCUAUUUUGGAUCUGGGACUGUAGACAACAUCAAAUGCCAUCUCAAUGCUGAAGAUUCCAAGGAAGAAGUUGAUGCUGUUUUCGUAAACGCCAUUUUGACCGCUAUCCAACAACGGAAUUUAGAGCGAAUAUGGGCAAAACCUGUCUUAGACCGUGUGGGUCUUAUAAUCGAAAUAUUUAAUGCUCAUGCGCAUACAAAGGAAGCAAAACUACAGGCUGAGUUAGCUGCUUUGAUGUACAAUAAGAGCAGACUGGUUCGAGUGCGUGGUACUGAUGGACGCCAUACUUUUGGGCAGUUUGGAGAAGCUGAAGUUGUCAGUGCCCGAGGGAGAGCAGGAAGCAAGGGAACCGGUGGCGGUUUUGUAGGUGGUGCAGGAGAAACUGAGCUUCAGCUUCAACGCCGAAGAAUAUCAGACCGGAGGAUUCGCUUGUUAUCCCAAAUUAAAGAAGCCCAGCGAACACGGCUAUUGCAGCGUGCUGGACGUAAGAAAAGAGUGGGGUUAGAGGGUGAGAGUUCAGGAACCAUUGCUGUUGUUGGUUACACAAAUGCUGGAAAAUCGACUCUGAUAAGUGCACUAACAAAGACUGCUCUCUACUGCAAUGAGCGAUUGUUUGCCACAUUAGAUCCUACACUCAAGAGUGCCCAUCUUCCUUCUGGAAACUUUGUGCUUCUUAGUGACACUGUCGGAUUCAUAUCAGAUCUGCCUAUACAGCUGGUGAAAGCUUUUCAAUCGACUCUGGAAGAAGUUGUUGAAGCUGAUCUACUUCUGCAUGUAGUUGAUUCAACAGCUCCAAAUAUCGAGGAGCAUCGUUCAACAGUGCUUCAUGUCCUAAAUCAAAUUGGAGUACCUGAAGAGAAGCUUCAAAAUAUGAUUGAAGUCUGGAAUAAGAUUGAUUAUGAAGAAGACGAAGUGGAGGAAGAGAAAUAUCUAGAUGAUGGCGAAGGAGUAGGAGAAGAAGACGAAGACGAAGCUGAUUUAAAAGCUGAAGAAACUGUUGAUGCAUCUGAAGCAACAGUAGAUGAAGACCAAAUCCAAAACGGAGACGGUGACGACGCUGAUGGGUGGCUAUUGUCUGAAGAUGAAAAUGCUGACGACCCUGAGUUCUGGAAAGUUCCGGAAGUUGCUAAAGUAGAUGCUGCAAAUAAGAAAGGACCAGAUGUUAGAGUUUCUGCAUUAACCGGAGUUGGUUUGAAGGAGUUGCUGUAUCUUAUUGAUGACAAAAUGAAAGAGAAGAAGCUCAAGUCUCCGACUAUAGUCGAAAGGAGUGAGCUUCAUAAGCGUAAAUGGAGGCCACCUCGUAACGAUGAUGAAGAGGAGAGAUUAAUCCCGUUAGAUCAACGUUGAGAAUAUAAGAAGAAACGAAACAAUGGUUUUGUCUUCUGCUUCUAUGUUCCUUUUUUUGUACCACGGAAUCAGAGAAGUGCGUGUCGUUUUGAAACUUGUACGUGUGUAAAAAACGGCAAGAAGUUUGUUGGUAUUCUGAUUAAUAAAUGGACUUAAAACGCUGUCGUUUUCGUAACAGCGCGUCAUAGACUCGUAGCCAUACGCGCUUUGUAGAGGCAGG